CGCUCGCCUCGCCACCGCGGCAGCCGCCGGCACAGCCCCGCUCAGCCCGGCCACCAUGGCGUGCUGGAGGUUCCUCAGAAGACGAUGAGGUCAUUCAAGAAGGUCUCCUCAGGCUCAGCAGGGGCGAGUAAAGGUGGAGACGAACCCGGGAAGUUGCCGGAGCAGGAAGAAGAAGAGGAAUCCCAGGUUUUGCACGGAACCGGCCAUUGCAAAUGGUUCAAUGUGAGAAUGGGAUUCGGGUUCAUCUCCAUGAGCAACCGAGAGGGAAGCCCCUUGGAGUCUCCAGUUGAUGUCUUUGUACACCAAAGCAAGCUUUACAUGGAAGGAUUUAGAAGCCUAAAAGAAGGAGAACCUGUGGAAUUUACUUUUAAGAAAUCUUCCAAAGGCCUUGAAUCAAUACGGGUAACAGGCCCUGGUGGGAGCCCCUGUUUAGGAAGUGAAAGACGACCCAAAGGGAAGACAGUACAAAAAAGAAAACCAAAGGGAGAUAGAUGCUACAACUGUGGCGGCCUCGACCACCACGCUAAAGAAUGUAGUCUACCUCCGCAGCCAAAGAAGUGCCAUUACUGUCAGAGCAUCAUGCACAUGGUGGCUAACUGCCCCCAUAAAACUGUCUCGCAGCAGCCCACUAGUUCUCAGGGAAGACACGAAGCCGAACCGCAGCCUUCCACAUCUGCCUUCCUGAGAGAAGGGGCAGGAACGCACGGCUUCUCGUCUCCGUCGUACUCUCAGGAAGGCAGGCCGGAGAUCUCGGAGCGCUCGGGCAGGUCACCACAGGAGGCUUCAGCGAGUAAGUUGUCCGCGUCGCCUGAAGAACCGAACAGAAAGGGGCCUUCUGUUCAGAAAAGGAAAAAAACUUAAUGCAUUUGUCAUAAUGUUCCGUUCUCUUUACCCUCUUGGGAUGUCUACCUCAUGCAAGUACAGGGGAAAUAAUUCAUUAUCAGUAGCUGACCUGGAAUUUUAACUACUGUUGAGGAACUGUGAAUGUUUUGUUUUGUUGUUGAUUUUUUUUUUUCUUUGAUAGACAAAUCACUCCAAACAAAAUACAUUUGAGCAGGGUGCAUUAUGUUUUACCUCCUGUGUGUAUGUAUGAGUGUGCAUGCACGUGUGUAUGUGUACAUAUCUAUAAAUAUAUAUUUUUCAUCAGACCAUUCUCCAGAUCCGACCAGACAUUACUGUGAAGCAAAAGUCACAGUACCCAAUGUUCCUGAACUCAUUCCUAGAACCUAUUUCCAAAUGUGUUUAAAAAGCAAACAAGAAAACCCAAUUUUCUGAAAUUUCACUCAGAAACAAACCAGACUUGAUAAACCACACAAAGAACUGACAUCAAGACUGCUAAUUCUCUUGUGAACCAAAGGAUAUUUUCAUAUUUCAAAGCUGCCAUAUGGUACUAAAGAUACUAAGACAUCCCCCAUACCAUCAAUUUGAAUUGUUUCCGUUUUUUCAUCUCCACAGAGUAUCAAAAUCCCUCCCCAUGCCGGUGCAGGGCAGUUUCAUAACUCAAGAUGACUCUCAUUGCCACCACCCUUUGUUGGUGAGGAGUUUAAAGCUCCAGAAAAGACAAUGAAUGUGUAAUUUCUGUGAUGGUUUCUCAAAACGUUUUGUUAAAGUAAUAUGAUUGUAACUGUAAUUUAGAUGUCUGUUGUGUAGGGGAGAAUGUAUAAGUUGUUACCAUACAGACCCUUUGAGUGGUGUCAGGAUGCCAUCCUGGUUACCAUUUGUAUACUGUGAACAUUUAGGGUACCUUGGUGGCAGUAGUAGCCGCAGCAGCAGCAGUUUCUCUUGGUCCCAAGUAGUGUCCCUCAAUUUGAAGGGUCUUCCCCCUUAAUUCCUGUUGAAAUACCACAGAGAGAACUCCCUAGGGAUUUUUAUUGUUGUUGUCUGUUUGGGUUUUAAAGAAAACAAAAUGCAAAGCUAAUGAGAUCCUGGGCUAAAUAGUUUCUUAAGACUGAAGGUUGACGGGUACUUGGGGUUGCUCAGCUAGCCUCUCUAGAUGAUGAUACAGCGUGGGUGCAGACCGGCUUGAGUGAAGGGACAUGCAAAUUUGCUAGAAGCCCUGGGCAUCAUCUGCUUCUUGUGAACUGGGGGCUGCAGCUGACCGGCCUUGGUCCAGAGUGCCCUUAGGACCACACACUUCUGUGUGAAAGAGGAGAAAGAUUGGUGGCCUCAGAGUGAGACUCCCUGGGCUGCAGGCCUUGCUCGGGGUUAAUAGAGUUGGAGCCUAUCAAAACUUCAAGUCACUUUCCAUUUGUAACUUUUGAAUUACCAAGUCAUACGUAAGAUAACGUACUCUGACAAAUCCCAUUGUGGAUGUAAGUUAAUUAGAGAAACCUGUAUAAUCCUUAACAUUGGCAAUAAACACAGGCUGUUAAAGCUUGAAAGUGUCGGGUAGGUUUAAGCUCGGAUAAUCAAACUAAAGAAACAGCCUGCAUGAAAGGCUACGGCGAGCCAAAGUCUUACCGUGGUAACUCCUCUGCAGCCGAUGGUUCCAACAGGUAUGCAGCUGGCUCAGUGCGUGGCCUUCCCCUUCCCACUUGUCCUGCCAGAUGAGACUUUUACUGGUGCUGCUGCUGCUUCAGUGAACAGGUAGUCAUCAAACUCCUCAGUGAAGGGCGCGAUUUCGAGAGACUUAUUUUGUGUGAAUUCCUUGCCAGUGUUUGCAAGAAUCUCGAGGUUUGUACUGAAGUUCUCAGUGUGCUAAUGCAAAGCUUACCUUUGACGAUAUUGAAUGUGAUAUAUCUAUAGAGAACGUCCUUGCCUUACGUAAGGAUAGUAAACUUAUUUAAAUUAUGUAGACAAAUCAAAGUGGCAUUGCUUAACCUUCUAGUCGGUGUAAAAACCAGGUUAAACAGCAAAGAUGCAAAACUUAGGUCACUUUGAAAAUUUAAACCAAAGUUCCUUAUAGAAAUGGGCAACUGUGGAUUUGAAAACUGGUCAUUCCCUGUUUAUACAUAAGAAGUUCAGAGCUGAGAUAAAGAAAUGUUUUCAACACAUGGAUUUUUAUUGGUGCUGUUUGAAAUCACUGUGUGCACCAAAGUCAGACUGAACUGCUAAGAGCACAUACCAAACUCUAUCUUAUUGUUGA